AGGCAAUUCGCUGAAAUACACGUGUUUAGGGCUUGUGCUUUUCAAAUUUAGUGCUAUAAGACUUCAAUCCGAAUGAGUGAUGACAAAUUGGAUCCACCAAGCACCUAUAACAAUUCGGAAAAUAAUUCUCAAAGUUGUAUUGAACAACUGGAACCAUUUUGUAGUCGUUAUUUAAUUCGUAACAUCGAGUCGGAUAUAUUAUCCUCUUCUGACAUACCAACAUCUCCUAGUUUAGAUUUGUUUGGCGAAACUAUCACAUCAAGUCCAUAUAUUGAUUCACCACCAAUUGGUAGAACAACAAUAACUACUCCAUCCUGUUCUUGGAAUAAGUGUGACUCUUCGAGUUCCAUUCAGCAAGUUUGCACUAAUACAGAUAGCGGCUUUUCGAGUUGGACUGGAGGAGGAGAUUCGAAGACUAGAUCACCACCGAAUUUGGUUUCAUCUUACUGUGCCUUACCUAAUCCUAUUUACGUACCACUGACUUCAUCGAAUAACGACAGAAGUUUUAUGUUCAAUCAAUCAGGUCCAGAACAUUCGACUUGGGACCCAACCACUUUAAAUGAGCCAGACGCAAGUCAUAGGUGCAUGGUGACUAACUCGUGUUCAUGUUUAAGUAAUCUUCCCUGCGCUAGCGAAUUGAAUGAAGAACUUUCAGAUAGAAUGUUUGUGAGAAGUAUGGGUGAUAUGAUAAAAAAUUCACCCACAUGGUCAACUCCAUGGUCUUGUUCAAAUGCAUAUCCUUCUUGUGCCUACGUGUCAUGUAGUCCAGCAGUACAAAGUCCUUUAAAUGUGGCAGGUUCUUAUUCAGAAACCACAACAUCCAAAUUUUCGCCUUUUCUAUCUCUUGUUAUGAACUCAGUAAAUGAAGACAAUUCUACAGGUGUAAAGUCCUGUGAUGGAUUGACGAAUGUCAAUACGGACGACACACCUAAAAGCGCAACUGAUUCUGGCAACUUAUUUUCAUCUACAAUAACACCUAAUUCUGUUUGUCCACAUGGAAAUAGAUCCACUCCAUUACACCGGCCAAUUCCUAUUCAUGAUGCGUACACUAUUCAUAGUCAUCAGUCUUGUUCUUCGAAUUCAUCUUCUUCUUUAGCAAAUCGACAUUCUAAUUCGCGUAUAUGGGAGCGACCAAAUCGUAGAAUUGACAAUAGUUCCAGUUCAGAUACUGUUAAGUAUCGUAAUCACAGUACUACUACUACUAAUAAUAAUAAUCGACCUAGGACUGUAUCUUAUACCGCAUACUUAGAUUCGUCAUGCAGAAAACCUACAUUUAUCUACAGACCUGGUUCUGCACCGUUACAACAUGAUAAUCUCUUUAUUCCCGAAGAAGAUUCAGACCCAGAUGAUGAGAGCAAUGAUGAAUACUCUAAAGAGAUAAAAGACAGUCAUUGUGUUCAUAAACGCCGAAAGUCGAAACCUCCUUCGAAUACAUCAACACGUCGUUUCUCUCAAAAUUAUUCAUCUUUAUCAUCAAAUAGUUAUUAUACUACGGACAUAAAAAUAAAUGGUGAGAAUUCACGCAAUUCAGUGACCACUGUUUCUACAAAUACGGAACAACCCGAUAAUUACACAGAUGGUAUUUAUAACAGGAGAUUAAACAGGGCUGAUCAGCAAGUUAAUCCACGUACAAAUACAACCAGUAUGCGUUUUUCUGAUGUUUCCACUAACCAGUGCCUUACGAACUUAUCAUUCCUCGGUGACGGAUCAGUUCAACAUAAUACAAAUUGUUCGACUAGAGAUACUAGAAACAGUUUGCCAGAUUAUAGCGCUUUAUCUCAUUCUAUCAAUUCAUUGCAAAAUUCAUCAUUGAAUAAUUCUAUAUUUCCUAAUGAAAUAAAUGACAUAGAUAAUAGUCGGAUUGUAUUACAACCACCUAUGCCAGAUGUUGUACCACGAUUAGGAUUACAUAUGUUGUAUACUACACUUGGAUCCAAUGUCAAUUCAUCGGUGUAUCAUCCUCCUCCUCAGCAUCAUUUAACAACUUCGCAGCCACGGUGUUCAUCUGUUCCACUUGUACGAACAUCAUUAAAUAUGAAUCAUAAUUAUCAACAGUAUGGUUAUCAUAAUAAUCAUCACUACAACCAACAUCAUCAUCAGCAGCCGCAAUCGCAGCAACAGCAACACCAUCAACAUUCUUAUCAUAGUUCUAAUCUGUAUAAUCUUCAUCCAAGUGGAGUACAAAAUCCUUCUUUUUCACAAUCAUUAUAUGAUACUGGAUAUCCGUAUGAAAUAAAUGAAUUGUAUGCAACAGUGAAUAGUAGUAGUAAUAGGAUACAUUUAACUUUAUUAGCAAGACGUUUAGCUAGUGUUGGCGAUGAAUUAAUGGCAAGUCAGUCAUGCAUGAAUCGAUCAAACUAUACUCUGCCAAAUGGUUUAUUAUUUAAUGGUAUACGAAGAGCAAGAACUGGUCUACUCUUAUUUUGGAGAUUCUCUUCUCACAUAGUAACAUUGUUCACAAUCUCAAUAGAAUAUAUGCUAAGAUCUAUACAACUGAUCAGUCAAUCAUCAUCAUUACCUGUUGGUGGUAACAACGAUUCGCUGUCAACGAGCUCAAAUCAAAAUAUCUAUUCAUCAAGAAGAAGAACAGCCACAUACAGUGGUUGUAGUGUAACUGCUUAUCCUCCUCGACAUAGUCUUCAUACAUCAUCAUAUGACUAUCACCGACCAAGUGUUGAUAUCACUGUAUCGCCUAGCCUAACAGAAGGUGAUCUACACAGAGUUUCAGAGGCUUGUCAAACACGAUUCCAGUCUUCGACAUUAGCAGCAGCAGCAGCAACACCAUCGCCAUCAUUGUAUUAUGCUUACCCAUAUCAGCAUAAUUGUUGUCGCCAUCUACAUCAAUCACCAACAACAUCUCAGCCUAUUCAAUAUUGUGAAGGAAAUUCUUGUUUAGAGUCAAGACCAUCAUCGAUGAAUAAUCAGUGUGAAGAUACGGAAAUGACUUUUGAGGACAGUAGUAGUAGUGGUAGUGGUAGUAGCGGUAGUGGUAGUACUAGUAGCCGUCAUAACUAGAUAUAUUCUCUAUUUGAAUUUUGACAAUUUCAAACUAAGCGCUACUGAAAAGAAUUCAUAUUUUGAAACAGUAAAACACAACAAAACAAAACAGUGAACUGUAACCACUUCUUUUUUUCUCUCUCUGUCUCAAUAAAACAAUAAAGAUUUUUUUGAUUACUCUUCUACUGUGU